AUCUGAAUUGCAACAAGACUCAACAGAACUCAUACAGCCUCUCAGAGAAGUCUGUUAACUUCCUCAAAGGCCUGCUGGUCACACGCAUCAUGCCCUCGUUCUACAUCAUCUUCCUCUUCAUCGGUUUGCCCCUGAAUGCUUUGGCCUUCGUCACGUUCACCUGUAAGAUUCGAGAGAAGAAACCAGCAGUGAUCUACAUGACUCACCUGGCGUGUGUGGAUCUGCUCUUCACCCUGCUGCUGCCUCUGAAGAUCCACUACCAGAUGAAUGCUUCAGAUUGGGUGUUCGGUGAGGCGGCGUGUCGCUUGAUCACUGCAGCGUACUACUGCUACAUGUACUGCUCCAUACUGCUGAUGAUGUGCACGAGUUUGGACAGGCUUCUGGCCGUGGCGUUUCCCAUUCCUUCUUUAUCCUGGAGGAGCGCACGGAAAGCCACAUACAUAUGUGUGCUGGUCUGGCUGCUGUCGCUCGCUGGUACCGUGCCGCUUCUCACCAUAACACAAACAUUCAAGAUUAAGGAUGUGGGGGUCACUUGCCACGAUGUGUUGUAUCAAAAAGAGAUGUAUAUGUACCUGUUCUCCUUCCUCUCCUCUUUCUACUUCUUCUUGCCGCUAGUCGUCACCUUAGUGAGUUACACUACCAUCAUAUAUGUGCUCACUAACAAGCCUGAUCACUUGGCAUCAUCAUCUUCAGGAAUGGAAAGGAGAGCUGUGAUUAUGGCUAUAGCUGUGCUGAGUGUGUUUGUUAUGUGCUUUGCACCAACCAAUAUCAUCUUGUUUUAUCACUGUGUUAGUUUAACCACCGGGGGCAGCACUGAGGGGCAAUAUUACGUGAUUGCUCUGUGUUUGGGGAGUGCAAGUGUUUUUCUGGAUCCUCUUCUCUACUACUAUGGCUCAUCUCAAUGCAGAGAGAAGAUCAGCUCUCUGAUCUGGUGGAGGAAGCCUAAAAACCCCACCACACUAUCAAACACAUAAAGUCAAACAAAAUCGCCCGAAUUGAGCUGCAAGUGCACUCAAGCUCACAUUCAC